AUGGAGAACAACCGAGCUACCUUGCGUAAGACCUCCGUAAGUUCUCAAGAACCAACAGUAAUCCUUCCCAAUUACGAAGACUGGUUGAAGGGAGGUGAGAAGCAAAUUUUGAACAAGUGUGCGAGUAAUAUCCUUUCUAAUGCUCGCAAGAGACAUUGCGAUGCUUCUGAGCAACCCGAAUCGCCAAAGAAGAUAAAGACCCCGACAAAAGAGAAGGCAUCAUGUGUGUUCGUUGAAAAUUCUCCGACCGGAUUAUCAAAAAAAAUGGAGUUUUUAACAAUAGAAAAAAUAUCAAUUUCCAUGUCGGAGCACUCGCCGCAGAAUGAACUGUCGAAAAUAGUAACGCCUUCGCAAAGGAAGUAUUUGGCGAUGUCGAAUUCAUAUGAUACCUCAUCAAAAGAACGAAUACUACCUGCCAUUUCAGAAAAUUUACCAAUGGCGAAAUUAUCAAGAUCAAUGAUAGAGAAACCUUCGGAGCAUCCUUCAAAGGUUUUUUUUUCAAGAUUAAUGAACUCCCCCGUGUUUGAAAAGACCUCAAUUAAUAUCGAGGAAGAACUGCCAAUUGCUAAUUUUGACGGAGUUCCGUGGAUCCAAAAAUUUUCCCCUCUUAGCACAGACGAACUUGCACUGGACCAGACCAAAAUUAAAGAAGUUUGUAAUUGGAUUGAUCGCUCCCUGCAUGGUUCGAACUACACCAGAGAAGGUUUAAAAAACCACAAGUUGCUUGUUAUACACGGUCCGACGGGUUCCGUGAAGACAACUGCCAUCAAGGUUAUUGCCAAGGAGAAAUGUGUUGGCGUAUCGGAAUUUGAAAUUGAAUCCACUGUAUCACAACUCAACGGUCGUUAUAUUUCGGUUGUAAGUCAACUUCAAAAAUUUAUAACGACGCAUUCUGACUGUUUGAGUGAAGAAAUCAAAAAAAGGAAUAUGGAUGCGCAAAUUGUGCUUGUUGACGUUAAUUCUUGCUUUUGUUCGCCUAAUUCGAAAGAUAAGUUUAACGAUCUGAUAGAGAAGUGGCUUAGAAAAAAGACUACCUAUUGGCCUCUUGUUCUCACGUAUACUGACGAAUUUAUAAUUAGUGAUUAUGAGACAGCUACUGGUUAUUCGUUCAGGAAAAAUGCUUUCUAUGGAUCGGCGUUGUCAAAAAAGAUUAUCGAUUCUCCAUUUUGCAAAGUAAUCGAUUUUCCCCCUCUUAAACCAUAUCUGAUCGAAAAGGCACUUUCUAAAUGCAUCGGAAAGGGAUUCGAGGGGGACAAGGUUUCAUCUCAAGUUGGUUAUCGCUUUGCGCAAAUGAUCAAAAGCGAAUGUCGAGGUAACAUAGUGACGGCCAUCAUGAAGUUAGAGCGCGCGAUGACGCUCCACUGGGAAGAAUCAAGUUUACGACAGAUGAUUGAGGACAGGAUGAUACAUAAUAUUUAUAUCGACUGGGACGCCUACAACAAAAAAUUAGACAAGAAAAUACGGAUCAUAUUGAACGAAUGUGAUGGAUGUUCUAGGAUCGAUAGAUUUACCGCAAUCAACAGAAUCUUGAUGAAUCCUAGAAGCGGGGAUCACCAGAAAAAACGAAAAUAUUACGUUGAUAAGGACACAAUCAUUCAUCCGCAGGAUCUCAAGGAGAGACCUCCUCUCAAGUACAACCCCGAUGAAAUAGUUGACGAUAUGGCGAUGACUUAUGACGACUUUGUGUCCGUAUUAUACAAAAACUUGCCAAGAAAUUUUGAAGACAUUUUCGAGGUUAAUUAUGCAGCAGAGCUUCUUUCUGUAUGCGAUUUAUUCGUUCAUCAUAGUGAUUACAAUAUAAGGGCGCAGCUUGCGUCGACAGGUAUUUCUCUCGCUUCUCGCGGCAUGCUCGCCGCGCACACACACGCCGGGCCUUUUAACGUAGAAUACGAUUAUUCCGGCUGUCACAAAAUGGAUGAAGAGAUUCGCAAAAGUUAUCGUCGGAUGGAUUCACUGCGUCAAAAGAACCCUAAUCUCUGGCGUUUCUCUAAUGAUGUAUUUUCCUCAGAAAUAUAUCCUUAUUUUAAUUUAAUAAAAAAAGAACGGCAAAGAAAUCUGACUGGCGAAAACAAUUGGACGAAAUUUUGA